AUGUCGUCGUACAUUUCGCGUCUACUCAAGGCACCGUCCGCCUCUAAGCGCCUUAUCUCGAAUUUGACCCAGCGCGAGGGUAAGCUAAACUCCUUGCUGCGUCGUCUGGGAUUGCAACGGCAGGGGGGAGCAGCGGCUGCUCCCGGAACGCGUCCCAUAUCCACAACUCAGGUGCAGAAGUCUGCACUGAUUGAGGACGAACAACUGGUCACCGGAAUCCAGAAGCGCGAGAUGCAGCUGGCGAAGCAAGGCUGCGAGGAUCCCUGGGGAUUCACCAAGGUCAUUAGGCGUGGCUCGGGGAGGGAGAACGAUCCAACAGAGAUACCAUCGGCAUUCGAUGCCCGCCUCGUGGGCUGCUUGUGCCUGGACGAUCGCUUGCCCAAGUGGAUGUGGCUCGAGAAGGACGAGGGCCCAAAGCGAUGCGAGUGCGGCCACUUUUUCGUGCUAAAGAACGUACCACCCGUCUAGAUCGAUUAAACAGAGCGCUGUACAA